AUGGGAACCGUCUUGCUACCCAAGCCUCUGCCAGAAGCGAAAUCCGAUCUGCCGCAUGAACGGCCAUCCGGCGUGCCACUUCACCAUUCAGAUGAAGCAGGCAAGAGUUCGCACAGAGUUGCGGUGCCCUCGAAGCCGGAGGAGAGUGAACUGAAGUCUGCCCAGAAAGAGCUCAAAGGCGAGCUUACCAAGCUUGACAAUUUGGAGGAGGAGCAGAGGAAGACACAACGUGUGGAGAACCUGGCGCGCCUAUCGCAAAAGGAGAACGAGGAUGAAGCCCGAUCCCAGAAGAAUGCCGGUAGCACAUCGAAGAAGCGAAAGUUCGUGGCCGAUGGAGUAUUCAAUGCGGAGCUGAAUGAGUUCCUCGCGCGAACUUUGGGCGAGGAUGGCUAUGCUGGCGUAGAGGUGCGAGUGACGCCGAUUCGGACAGAGAUUAUCAUCCGUGCCACGAGGACCAGGGAGGUUCUGGGAGAGAAGGGUCGAAGAAUCCGAGAGCUGACGGCUUUGGUGCAGAAGCGCUUUGGCUUUCCGGA